UCCGAGUUCAAAUCUCGGUGGAACCUAAUCAUUUUGGAUCAUAGAGAAGCUUUUCGCUUUGUGUUCAUGAAAGUUAAAAUUGUUAGCUUUUGAAAUAAAUAUAAGAAAAUGACCAUCUUCUGUCUUCUUUACGCCGUCAAAUAUCGAUAUAAUACGCUUUAAAAUUUUCUAAAAUUCGCCGGCGGAAACUGCCGCUCUUCUUCCGCCUGAUUUGGCUCAUACGUCAUACUCUUCUGUUCAAGAUGGCAGCAGCAAUGGACGUGGAUACACCGAGCGGUACUAACAGCGCAAGCAAGAAACGAUUUGAAGUAAAGAAGUGGAAUGCUGUGGCGCUCUGGGCCUGGGACAUUGUGGUGGAUAACUGUGCUAUCUGUAGGAACCACAUCAUGGAUCUCUGCAUAGAGUGCCAGGCCAACCAAGCUUCUGCAACCUCUGAAGAGUGCACUGUAGCCUGGGGUGUUUGCAACCAUGCUUUCCACUUCCACUGUAUUUCUCGCUGGCUGAAGACCAGACAGGUGUGUCCUCUGGACAACAGGGAGUGGGAGUUUCAGAAAUAUGGACACUAGCUGGUUUAUCGUUCACCCCUUUGUUGGCUUCUGCAAGCAGCACCCUCACUUUAUCCUUGUUCUGACCCGCUUAUAGUAACUGUUUCUGCUCAUGUAUUUUGUUUUGUUAUAUUUUAAGUACAGAAAUAAACAGGAAUCUUGUGACAAAUACA